AUGGAUAUAGCAGCAGCUGUCUGUCUCUUGCUCCGACACGAACAAGCUCGAUCCGGCAAAGAUGCACCUGGCCAAGCUACUCGCUCUAGCAGCUACGGCAUCAGCCUUGGAAUCCGUCCGGCUGGGACCGCCCUACAAGGACCCCGACACGUGUGCGUCAACAGCAGGAUACGUCCUCCGGUACUGCCCCGACAAAUUGCGCUGGUGGUGUCACCAGAAUAUCUACGUCGUGCCACCAGCUGGGGUUGCGGCCCCUCCACAGCCCGAACCUGGCCAGUGUGGACGUGA